AUGGAGGGGCCGUGUCCCCGGGCUGGGACCUUGGAGCGCGCGGGCAGUUGCUGGCAGGACCCGCUGGCCGAGGCGCUGAGCCGGGGCCGGCCGCUGGCUGCGUCCCCGGGCCGGGGCUGCGCGCGGAGCCGGCCGCUCAGCGUGGUCUAUGUGCUGACCCGAGAGCCGCAGCCCGGGGUGGAGCCUGGGGCGGGAACCGAGGUGGAGCCGCUGCCCCUGCGCUGCCUGCGCGAGGCCUGCGCGCAGCUCCCGGGGCCCCGGCCAGCGCCCCGGCUGCACAGCCUGCCUUUCGGAACCCUGGCGCUGGGCGACACCGCGGCGCUGGACUCCUUCUACAACGCGGACGUGGUGGUGCUGGAGGUGAGCAGCUCCCUGGCACAGCCCUCCCUGUUCUACCACCUUGGUGUGCGUGAGAGCUUCAGCAUGACCAACAACGUACUCCUCUGCUCCCAAGCUGACCUCCCUGACCUGCAGGCCCUGCGGGAGGAUGUUUUCCAGAAGAAUUCGGAUUGCAUUGGCAGCUACACAUUGAUCCCCUAUGUGGUGACGGCCGCUGGUCGUGUGUUGUGUGGUGAUGCAGGCCUCCUGAGGGGCAUGGCUGAUGGACUGGUACAGGCUGGGGCGGGCACUGAGGCUCUGCUCACACCACUGGUAGGCCGGUUUGCCCGCCUGUUGGAGGCCACACCAACAGACUCUUGUGGCUAUUUCCGGGAGACCAUUCGGCAGAGUAUCCGGCAGGCCCGGGAGCGGUUCAGUGGGCAGCAGCUGAGGCAGGAGCUGGCUCGCCUGCAGAGGAGACUGGACAGCGUGGAAUUGCUGACCCCCGACAUCAUCAUGAACCUCUUGCUGUCGUACCGUGAUGUGCAGGACUACUCGGCCAUCAUUGAGCUGGUGGAGACGCUGCAGGCCUUGCCCACCUAUGAUGUGGCCGAGCAGCACAAUGUCUGCUUCCACUACACAUUUGCCCUCAACCGGAGGAACAAGCCUGGGGACCGGGAGAAAGCACUGGCUGUGCUGCUGCCGCUGGUCCAGUUCGAGGGCCCUGUGGCGCCCGAUCUGUACUGCAUGUGUGGCCGUGUCUACAAGGACAUGUUCUUCAGCUCUGGAUUCCGGGAGGUUGGACAUCUGGAGCAGGCCUAUCAUUGGUAUCGCAAGGCCUUCGAUGUGGAGCCCAGCCUGCACUCGGGCAUCAACGCAGCCGUGCUCCUCAUCGCAGCUGGCCAGCACUUUGAGGAUUCCGAGGAGCUCCAGUUGAUAGGCAUGAAGCUGGGCUGCCUGCUGGCCCGCAAAGGCUGCGUGGAGAAGAUGCAGUAUUACUGGGAUGUAGGUUUCUACCUGGGAGCCCAGAUCCUUGCGAAUGACCCCAUCCAGGUGGUGCUGGCUGCAGAGCAGCUGUACAAGCUCAAUGCCCCCAUAUGGUACCUGGUGUCAGUGAUGGAAACCUUCCUGCUCUACCAGCACUUCAGACCCACCCCAGAGCCCUCGGGGGGAACCCUGCUGCACGCUCACUUCUGGCUCCACUUCUUGCUACAGUCCUGCCAGCCUUUCCAGAGAGACUCUCCCCAGGAAGACCAGUAUCUGGUGCUGGUUCUGGAAUUGAACAAAGUACUGCUGCCCGCAAGGCUUCAAGUUCAGGGUACUGAUCCAGUGAGUGCAGUGACCCUAAGUCUUCUGGAGACAGAGACCCAGAAGGAUCUCUCUACCUGGACGCUCCCUGUGGGCUCCAUUUGCGGUGUCAGCGUCUCCAAGCGGGAUGAGCGCUGCUGCUUCCUCUACGCGCUUCCUCCUGCCCAGGACAUCCAGUUGUGCUUUCCCAGCGUGGAGCGCUGCCAGUGGUUCUGCAGCCUGAUUCAGGCCUUGGUGACAAAUCCAGAGUCCACAGCCCGCCCGGAGGAGGCGGUGGGCGUGGGAGAGGUGCUAGAGUUUGAUUAUGAAUAUUUGGAGACUGGUGAGCGGCUGGUGCUGGGCAAAGGCACGUAUGGGGUGGUGUACGCAGGACGCGAUCGGCACACCAAAGUCCGAAUUGCCAUCAAGGAAAUCCCAGAACGGGACAGCAGGUUCUCUCAGCCCCUGCAUGAAGAGAUCGCUCUCCACAAACGCCUGCGCCAUAAGAACAUCGUGCGCUACCUGGGUUCAGCCAGCCAGGGCAGAUACCUGAAGAUCUUCAUGGAAGAAGUGCCUGGAGGUAGCCUGUCCUCCUUGCUGCGGUCUGUGUGGGGACCUCUGAAGGACAACGAGAGUACUAUUAGUUUCUACACACGGCAGAUCUUACAGGGACUCAGCUACCUGCAUGACAACCGCAUUGUGCACCGGGACAUCAAGGGUGACAAUGUGCUGAUCAACACCUUCAGUGGGCUGCUCAAGAUCUCUGAUUUUGGCACCUCCAAGCGGCUGGCAGGCAUCACACCGUGCACGGAGACCUUCACAGGGACUCUACAGUAUAUGGCCCCAGAAAUCAUUGACCAGGGCCCUCGAGGGUAUGGGAAGGCAGCUGACAUCUGGUCACUGGGCUGUACUGUGAUUGAGAUGGCCACAGGUCACCCACCCUUUCAUGAGCUGGGGAGUCCUCAGGCUGCCAUGUUUCAGGUGGGCAUGUACAAGGUGCAUCCACCAAUGCCUAGUUCUCUAUCAUCUGAGGCCAAAGCCUUCCUCCUCCGAACUUUUGAGCCAGACCCCUGUGUCCGAGCCAGUGCCCAAGCACUGCUGGAGGAUCCCUUCCUGCAGCCAGGGAAGAGGAGCCGCAGUCCUGGCUCUCCUCGCCGCCACACCCGGCGGCCCUCAGAUGCCCCUCUGGCUGGUCCCAUUCCUGCAGCUGAUUCUGCCACCCAGUCCCAGACAUUCCCAAGCCCUCAGGCACCUUCCCAGCACCCACCCAGCCCCCCCAAACGCUGCCUCAGCUAUGGAGACACCAGCCAACUAAGGGUGCCUGAGGAGCCUGGAGCGGAGGAGCCCACAUCUCCAGAGGAGAGCUCAGGGCUGAGCCUUCUGCACCAGGAGAGCAAGCGGCGGGCCAUGCUGGCAGCGGUGCUGGGGCAGGAGCUGCCCAUGCUGGCAGAGAAUCUGUGUCAGGAGCAGGAGCAGGGUUCCCACCUGAGCAGGAAUCACGUGGAACAGCUGUUGCGCUGCCUUGGUGCACACAUUCACACCCCCAACCGCCGGCAGCUGAACCAGGAACUUGGGAUGCUACAAGCACAGCUGCGAGCCGAGGGCCUUGAGCCUACACUUCUCCAUGGGCCGCUCUUUGCCUUCCCGGAGGCGGUGAAGCAGAUCCUCCGCAGGCGCCAGAUCCGCCCACACUGGAUGUUCGUGCUGGACUCGCUGCUCAGCCGUGCAGUGCGGGCCACCCUGGCGAUGCUGGACUCCGAGACAGAGAAGAAAGACGUCUCUCUGAGGUCAGAGGAGUUAAGUAAAGAAAGAGAGGCCCAGCAGAGGCAGCAGGACUCCCCGAUUCCACCCAGCCAGCUCCCCACAGAAGCCAAGCAGGAGCCCCCAGCUCUGAUAGUGCAGCUGGGCCUCUUGAGAGCAGAGACGAACAGGCUGCGAGAAAUCCUGGAGGAGAAGGAACGGGAGUGCCAGGCCUUGCUGCACCGGGCCCUGCAGCGGGUGAAUGCCCAGACCAGUACCUGUGCGCCAGAGCGAACUGCCUCUCUCCCCACAGACCAGGGCCUAGUGCAGUGGCUACAGGAACUACGUGUGGACUCAGGCACCAUCCAAACGCUGCUGAACCACAGCUUCACCCUGCAUGCUCUGCUCACCUCUGCCACUCGAGAUGACCUCCUCUAUACCCGAAUCAGGGGAGGGAUGGUAUGCCGAAUCUGGAGAGCCAUCUUGGCACAGCGAACAGGAUCCACGCUAGUUACCACAGGGCCCCGAGAAGCUGAAUGAAGACAUCAGAGGCAGGAAAGACUCGACAGAUGGAUUGUGAAGAUACAAGCAACUGCCGACACACCUGCCUGAAGAUCCGGGGACAACCACAGGCCAGGCUGGUGGAGCCAGGGCAGAGCCCAGGCGUAGCAUCGGUGUGUGUGAGGGGACUCAAACACUCAAGCACAGCAAACAUGACCAAAGACUUCUUUUCUUCCCUUUUGUUGUUGGCCACCAAACUAGGCCCUGGAGCUGGCUAAGCCAGCACGCUACCAAUAAGUUAAAACCCCAAUCCCCAAAUUAAAAUCCAAAUUCUUUGUGUAUGUGCGCUGGGCUGGGGAUUGAACUCGGGUACUCUACCACUUGAGC